AAUAAAGGCUUAAAAAUGUAGUUAGUGAGAGUAGCUAGCUUAGCUUAGCAUCCUAGUCACUAGUGAAUGUCUUUUAACAUUCCGGCGAAUCUUUAAUUCUUUACACCUCACUUCUGCGUCUCUUUCCCCUUUUCCACCGCAGCCAUGCUCCUCCCUACUCGCUCUCCAUGAACGAUCAACUCUAAUCUCCAACUAGAUCAUACAUUUUUCCGUUGAUACAUUUACAUUUUAGUUUUAGUUUUAGAUUUAGAGAUGGCGGAGGUGAUGGAGUCCAACUCCUGGCGAGACGAGCUGGCCAGCUUAAUGGAGGACACCGGGAUAAGAUUCCCGGCCGCCGGGGGUGACGACGACGACGACGAUGCUAUCGGAGUGUCGACGCCGGCAUUCGAGGGGAAGAGAUCGGCGGCGGCGGCAGCGUUCUUGUUCCCGGAGAGCGAGGCGGCGAAGGAGACGGAGAGCUUUAAGGAGCAAAUUAAGGGUUUCGGCAAGGCUUGGGGGGAGCUGUUGAUGGAGCUGGGGAGAGGGUGCAAAGAGGUGGCGCAGCAGAGCUUGUUGACCGAGGAUUCCUACAUUGUGCGGAAAACCAAAGGCCCCUUGUCCGAGGUUUCGAAGAGAUUGAGGUUUGUGAACGAGUACUUGCCGGAGGACAAGGAUCCGGUGCACGCUUGGUCGGUCAUUCUGUUCGUCUUCAUCCUCGCCCUUGCCGUGCUGAAUGUAAAUAAUACACGGGAUACUCGAGGCUCAGAAGUGAAGAAAGUAUGCAUCCAUCCUCCUAGCGCUGUCCGGAUAUUACUUCCAGAUGGUAGAUACAUGGCAUAUCAGGAGCUCGGGGUUCCAUCUGAUAAAGCUCGAUAUUCGCUGAUUAUGCCUCAUGGUUUUCUCUCGUCAAGGCUUGCAGGCAUACCGGGAGUCAAGAUGUCGCUGCUGGAGGAGUUUGGUGUUCGCCUGAUAACUUACGAUCUUCCUGGCUUUGGAGAGAGCGAUUCUCAUCCCGAAAGGAAUCUUAACUCAUCAGCUCUGGAUAUGGCGUUUUUAGCAGAUUCUGUAGGUGUAAAUGGAAAGUUUUGGAUUAUUGGUUAUUCCAGUGGAGCCAUGCAUGCUUGGGCUGCACUGAAGUACAUUCCCAAUCGAAUUUCUGGUGCUGCCAUGUUUGCCCCGCUAGUUAAUCCAUAUGAUUCGAGCAUGACACGCGACGAAAUGACAGGAACCUGGGAGAAGUGGGUGCGAAGAAGGAAACUAAUGUAUGGUUUAGCACGAAGGUUUCCUAUGUUUCUUGGCUCCAUGUAUCGCCGCACCUUCCUAGCUGGAAAGCAUGGUAGAAUCGAUAAAUGGCUGUCUAUAUCAUUGGGAGAAAAGGAUAGAGCACUAAUAGAGGAGCCGGGCUUCAUAGAAUUCUGGCACCGGGAUGUGGAAGAGUCUAUCCGCCAGUGGAACGUUAAGCCAUUUAUCGAGGAAACCGUGUUGCAAGUGUCGAAUUGGGGUUUCAGCCUAAGGGAUUUGCAAGUGAAAGAGAAAUGCGACUCGAGCAGCAUUUUUCCCUGGCUAAAGUUCAUCUAUGGCCAACCGAAAUGUGAAUUGACAGGUUUUCUUGGACCAAUUCACAUCUGGCAGGGAAUGGAUGAUCACGUCGUCCCACCACCAAUGACUGAUUACGUUUCCAGGAUUCUACCAAACGCGUUUGUGCAUAAACUGCCAGACGAGGGGCACUUCUCCUAUUUCCUUUUCUGCGACGAAUGCCAUAGACAAAUACUCUCAACCCUUUACGGAACCCCCCAAGGAGCCAUCAAGACCAUCACCGAGACUUCGACAACAGAAGGCGUUGGAGAAGAGGCAUCUGCCGUCACAUAUUCCACCACAGAAUAACACGUUUGGUUGCUCCCUCUCACUCAAGGCUCUCGUGUAUAUAUAAAGAGUGCUUAUGGUCUUGAAAAGCAUAUAUUGUCAGCUUUCGAAGUCGAGUCUUUUCCUAAGUGGAGAUUUUCGUGGUUUGAUCAUAGAAGUUCACUUCUAACAACACAUGUUCUGAACCAUAGCAGCAAUAUAGAUAGACAUAGCAGACUUUCCUUUGACAGUUCAUAUGACUCAUAUUAAUGCCACAAAGUAUUGUUCUUUGUUUU